AAUUACGUUCGGUUUCUUCAGAUCACAGCUUCACAGCAGCUACAGAUAUUAUCGUCUCUCACAGCAUGGUGAUUAAAAAGGCAUGUCGAUGGUUAUGUGUAAUGCUGGUGGGUGUACUGAGCAUGCUGAAUAUUGAUGGUUUCUAUGUCGAUAUUACUUAUCUUAGAAGUGCAGUGGGAAAAGGAGCUGUUUGUUUGGAUGGCAGCCCGCCUGCAUAUCAUUGGGACAUGGGAUCUGGUGCAGGAAUCAACAACUGGUUAGUACACAUUGAGGGAGGAGGAUGGUGCAACAAUGUCACUACUUGCCUUGCCCGUAGUUCCACCCGUCUAGGCUCCUCCAAGAAAAUGGUGAAACAAGUUGCGUUCUCAGGGAUUUUACAUAAUGAGCCACAAUAUAACCCUGAUUUCUAUAAUUGGAAUAGAAUCAAGGUCAGAUAUUGUGAUGGUGCAUCCUUUACCGGUGAUGUGGAAAAAGUCAAUUCAAAAACUAAUCUUCACUUUAGAGGAGCAAGGAUCUUUCAUGCUGUCAUUGAGGAUUUGUUGGCAAAAGGAAUGAGUUAUGCUGAAAAUGCCAUUCUCUCUGGCUGUUCAGCUGGUGGAUUGACUUCCAUAUUACACUGUGAUAACUUUAAAGCACUCUUGCCUCCAAGUACUAUGGUGAAAUGCCUUUCUGAUGCCGGUUAUUUCAUUAAUACGCGGGAUCUUUCUGGAACGAGACACAUUGAGGCCUUCUAUGAUGAUGUGGUCAAGACACAUGGAUCGGCCAAAAAUUUGCAUCACUCUUGCACUUCCAAGAUGAAAAAUAGUUUAUGCUUUUUCCCCGAAAACAUGAUCCAAGAAAUCCAAGCACCGGUCUUUUUAACAAACGCAGCCUAUGAUUCAUGGCAGAUAAAGAAUGUAUUGGCUCCCGGGGUUGCUGAUAUCCAUGGUACCUGGCAUAACUGCAAACUUGAUAUCGAGAAGUGUUCAUCUAAUCAAAUUGAUAUCAUGCAAGAUUUCAGGUUGGAGUUCUUAAGUGCAUUGGAUGGAUUUUUUAGCAGCUUUUCAUCAAGGGGAAUGUUCAUCAACUCUUGCUAUGCUCACUGCCAAACCGAAAUGCAAGAGACAUGGUUGAUGAGUGACUCCCCCAUGUUGAAUAACAAGACAAUCGGAGAAGCAAUUGGCGACUGGUUUUAUGAGCGGAGUCCAUUUCAAGAGAUAGACUGCCCUUACCCCUGUGAUAAAACUUGCCACAAUCGUAUUUUUGAAUAAUAAUUGUGUUUUCUGUUUCUCAAGAACAGCAUCCAUCAGAAACAAUCGUAUACACACGCACAUUCUUUGGAACGACAAUCACACAUGCAUAGUUGCAUACCACAGUUAUGCAUGGCUGCAGGGGUUCAAAUACAUGAUCACGUAGACGGUUUUUGAAUCUCCAAAAUGUGUUAGAAACGAGGAUGUUGCUUCAGUUUCGAGAGGUACAGAAUCGAGUUGAAGUUUACGCAUCAAGAUGUCUGUAUUCUUUAUUGAUAAUGUGAUUUAUAUAAAAGAUUCUUGGGAGGCAUAUUUGAGCU